AUAUCUUGUUGACUUGUUGUCUUCGAAAUAUUUUCACUUUCUUUAUUUGUCUUCGAACAGUAAGUUUGAACCCAUAAGAGACAACAACUCCAACAUCAAAUGCCGGAUAGUAAUCUACGGCGACGGGUGCCGGUGAAAGGUGGCCGGAGAUCAAGGCCACCGCAUCCGUCGCCGUCGCCGAGGCGGAGGGGACCCUCUAAACAGUCCACGCCUAUUAAGAUAUUGAAGCGAUGCUUUUCGGAGCCGAGUCUUUGGAGUAGUUUCAGCGAUGGUGAUGGAGAUGUAGCAGAUCAGAUACCAAUGAGUUUUGGGCACGAAGGAGAAGGUAUUUUGUGCAGGCCACAGACUUGUACUGACGUUUUUGCAUCGUCUCCUUCUCUGAUUGCUUUCUCUCCCCAAAGUAAUCUUGAGGGAUUUAGGAAGGAUGCUAAAGUGGUGGUUAAUGUGACAGUGGAGGGAAGUCCGGGGCCAAUCAGGGCCAUGGUUAAAUUGGGAUCUAGUGUGGAUGAAACAAUUAAGCUUGUUGUAGAUAAGUACAAUGAAGAAGGGCGGACACCUAAGCUUAGUCGAGAUGAGGCAUCCUCUUUUGAGUUGCAUCACUCUUAUUUCAGCCUUCAGAGCCUGAAUAAGUCGGAACUAGUAGGAGAUGUUGGUAGCAGAAGCUUCUAUCUUCGAAGGAGUAGCAGUAACCAUAGUACAAAUUCAGAAAUUGUUCAAGAGAGAGCAGCCUCUCCUCCACCAAUCCCACCACCCUCAUUCUUACUCCCAUCUUUCAUGGCUCGGAAACUCGGUAAAAUUGUAAGAAGAAUGCGUAGGCUUUGGAGGGUCGUGAUUUGCCAGCAAUGAUGAUACCAUUUUUAAGGGUGACACGACUUUUUUAUCUAAUGUUACUUCUGGUAGAGUUGAUGUCCUAGAGUCAAUUAAUUAUUGUAAGAAUAUUUAUUUAUCAAUAAAAUGUAUUUUCUUUUAUAUGGUA